CUCGGACGUUGGAUGAUAUAUUUUGUUUUCAAUAAGCCAAGCAGGCCCACACAUUGCACAAAUAUUUUGUCAUCGCACCGGCCGGGCUUCAUGUAACGUCAGAAAGAUAUCUUUCGGAUUCGGAUAUGUACUGGGCUAGAAUAAUUUGUUCUUGAUUUCCCAUUUGACCCAACCCGACUUUCCGGUCUUGCGAAACCUUGCCCAAGUAGCUGAAAAACGAACCGAGUGGACAUUAAUCAGAGAUGGUGACUGUCUUAGAUCUUCCCGAAAAGGUACUUGAACUGGUAUUCGACAACCUGGCCUCCGACAUUGGGGCAUUUCGGUCGCAAGCGGCCUGUUUGAGACUGGUUUGCUCAAAAUGGGAGCCUUUUUUGUACAAUCGAUAUCUGUACCGUGUGAUGACAUUCAGGAGUUUUGAUCGAGCGAUUUCCUUCAUCCGCCAAAUCGAUCAAAACUCACAAUCGCGCCCAGUUCCAAUUUGUCGGUAUCUGUACAUCUAUCGCCUAGACACCAUAGACGACUCGACUAAUUUUAUGCCGGAUCGCAAGACCAAGGUUGAGAACUUGGAUGCUCUGGUUGAGCUAUUCUCUGAUUCGAUUGAAAUGCUUUCCAUCGAAGUCGACAAAUUUUUGACGCUUCCAAGGGCUACUAUCGAACGCAUAGGUCGAAUCAAAAACUUGCGUCAUUUGACGAUUGGAAUUUAUUCGAAAGCCGCACCUUCGAAAAUCUUACACUCAAGACAAAAUCUUCGAGUCGAUUCAGUUCCACUCGGUCUGCCAACUGAUACAGAAUGUCUACACGAAUUACUCGCAGCAGCUCAAGGAUUGGUCACGUUGAGCUUGGAAGACUUCCGACCUGUCUGUUCGCCGGAGACAAUUCGACCCACUCUCAGCAAUCAUAAAUUCUCAUCUAUUACUAGGCUUGACUUGGAAAUACCACCUAAACCCUACACCAACGGAGACGAGAUGAUAGGUAUCUUUCAUGCACUACCGAAUCUCAAGAAACUCAAGAUCAGAGGCCUCGAGAACGGUCAGAGCGUUCUCCCUCUCUUUGAGAUAGUCAGGGAAACACUCGAAGAGAUUUAUAUUUACCACCAAGAGGUUUUGAUGUCCAUCCUCGGCUUGGAAUUCCCGAACUUGCGUGUCUUCAAAAUUGGCGAUUGGACAACCAGUCUAUCGCAAUGCUUGCGCCGACCUAUGUUUUCUAAAGCCCCCCUCGAAGUCCUUGCUUUAAUGAUUCCAUUCGAUGAGACUUUCCUGGUUCUCCCAUUUGAAUCUCUGCCAUGUUUGAAGAAACUUGUGUUCGGAAAUAGUCCGAUGUCGCACAAGAACGCCUUACAAGACUCACGAGAUCUUUUAAAGAGCUGUAGAGAAAACGGAGUCAAAGUCGUCUUGAUUCCUAGUCAAAAAAUUGCCGACUAUUGAUCCUACUUUCCAUUAGAUCGACGGGACCACAAUUGUAAACUUAAAACAUAGAUCGUAUUGAGCUUUUAUCUCCUUUUCUUCACUCUCACCGAGUUUUGUGUUUCCAAGUUACACAAUUACCCACAGUUUCAUAUAGUUUCACCCACUACAAAUCAGAUAUUUCAAUUUUAUCCUACCAUGUACCCUGUAGACGUAGUUGUGUGCCAAACAAGCACACUCAUGUUGGAGUUUUCAUGUCAACCUGCUGUAUAGUCUCAAUCAAAAAAUAUCACCCCAUAUCCUUCACAAAGUGGUCAUCUUUUCCAGAUGUGACUUGAAUUAGAGUUCACUGUCACAGCCAAAACUUGUAAUUUGCAGGCUGGAUCAUAACUGAAUUUUUUUGACCCAAUUUAUAGUACGGUUCUGAUCUGGGCCUCUGGGCUCUGGUAUGGCAUUCCC